AUGGAAACGGUGAAGGAAUACCUAGGAUAUAUCAAUCCUCAUUGGAUAGCUGUGGUGGUAACAGGAAUGUACACCCAUCUUCGACAAAUCUGUAUAAUCGGUUUAUGUUUCGACGAAGACAAUAAUGGUCCUCCAUUCGAUCCGUCUUACGCGUCGGUUCUCUUCACAUUUUCCGUGCUGUGUCUUCUCGCGGAGUACAGACUUUGGCCUAGAACUUUGAAAGAGCCACCGAUUCAACUUCUCUAUAUUUACGAAAUGUUGGUAGCGGCAUUGACCACAAAUCUAGCCACGCGAGCUAUUUGGGUACCAUUUAUGCACGUUAUUUAUUGUUUAACUCAAGAGUCCAGUAAAUGUUUGAUAUGGUUAAAUGCGAUUUUGGGAUUGGGUCGUUACUCAUUUCUGUGUGAUAUUGCAUAUUACAUGGCGAAAGACUGCGCCGCGACACACAUGGCUUUUUGCAUGUCCCUUUUGUCAUUCGUAUGGAUGUUGGAUGCCACCGAGUCUCUGGAUGCCAUUUUGGACACUUGGGCCAAGUAG